GUAAAAGUAGAAAAAGUGUCUGUUUGGGAUUUUUUUCACUGGGCUGUAUUGGUACAUUAAAAUGAAAAAGUAAUCCAUGACAAAAGACAGCUGUACAGUGGUCUGUUGAUAGUGAUAUUACUAGUGUAAUGAAAGUUAAACCAGACUAUUUCACUUUAUGUGUUUCUGUUUAUCAUUCCUACAGGCAUUAUCAUUUGACUGCAUGACAAAACAGAAAUGGCCAUGAGGCCGCAAAGGGCAAAAAUAAAACCAAAAGAAGAAGCAAAAUAUUUUGCAUCCCUGGGUAAAGACAAGGAUGGAUUUGAAGUGCAGUUUAUUAAUUCAUACAAAGGUCGAGGAGUGUUCAGCAGGCGCUACUUUCAGAAAGGAGAGUUCCUCAUAGAGUAUCGUGGAGAAAUAAUAAGCAAAAAAGAACAUGAAAACCGCCUUAGACUGUACCAUGACGCCCUCAAAGUGUUCAUGUUUGAAUUUCGCCAUGAUGGAAAAAAAUUAUGCAUUGAUGCAGCCAAAGAAGAUAACUCCCUUGGGAGACUGGUGAACGAUGACCACAUCAGUCCAAACAGUAAAAUGAAAACAAUCGCAGUCACUGGAAUACCGCAUCUCUGUCUGUUCGCACUGAAGGAUAUCAAACCAGGAGAAGAGAUAACGUACAACUACGGAGACUCUGACUGGCCUUGGAGGUUAAAGUCUAGCCCAGAGAAGGAGCGGCUCUGCUCUGAGGUUUUGGUCAACCUCAGAGCAGACAAUGCAACACAGAUGACUGCAACGGAGGCAGAUUGCCAAAAUUCUGCUGUGGCCAUGACAUCAGACUGCCUCAGACAAGAUGAACAGGUUUCAGGUGCCACAGUUCUUAAUCAUGCUGCUGGGACCUUAACAUCUGAUUCUUCCUGUGAAAACACUGAACAGACUGCAACGGAGGCAUUGCCAAAAUUCUGCUGUGGCCAUGACAUCAGACUGCCUCAGACAAGAUGA